CCUGCUCUAAAGGUAUCAGCAGUUUGAGCAGGUAAUUGAUAGGUAGUGGGUACUGUUUUCACUUUUAAGGUCAAAACAAGUAAUUUAAUCAAUUAGAAAAUGUGUUUCAAAUUUUAAAAUGAAGUUUAAAAUAUUAAAACUUGUUAAAAAUAUAUUCGCUAUGUCCAUAUUUUUUGGUACAAUAUGGAUUUUAUUAACUUGGAGCACUGUUGGAAUAUUAAAGAUACAAUCAUCCGAACCAAGAAGCAUUCCAGUGGCUGUGAAAAACACGAUCUGCUAUGUUAAUUACAACGAUGAUAGGCAGUGUGUCAAUAAUAACACGAAUCUCAGAAUGAUAUAUUAUAUCACACCAACUUAUCCGAGGCCUGAACAGGUGCCUGAGCUGAUGAGACUAGCACACACCUUGAUGCAUGUUCCUAGACUUCAUUGGAUUGUUGCCGAUGAUCAAUCUGUAUGUUCUGAACCAGUCAUAAGCAUCCUUAGACGAACCGGCCUACCAUUCACCCAUAUAUCAAGCCCAAAACCAUUCAUAUAUAAAACUACCAAUUAUCCACGUGGCGUGGCCAAUCGACGCGCAGCUUUAGAAUGGCUCCACGAUAACGUUUCGGAUGGAGUUAUGUAUUUCGGAGAUGAUGAUAACGCGGUGGACUUACAGCUUUUUGAUGAGAUAAGGACAACAAAGAAGGUGUCUAUGUUUCCAGUUGGACUGAUCGGGAACUACGGCGUGUCUACUCCUAUUGUUAGAAAGGGAAAGGUGCUGGGAUUCUAUGAUUCGUGGCCGGCUUCAAGAACCUUCCCAGUCGACAUGGCGGGCUUCGCCGUCAACAUAGACUUCCUGAAGGAAUCAGCCAACAUGCCCUUCAUAGCGGGACACGAAGAAGAUAAGUUUCUCGUAAGCCUAGACUUAAAUAUUGAGGAUAUCGAACCGCUUGCGUCGAACUGCACUAAAGUUCUAGUCUGGCACACUAAGACAGUUAAGCACAAAAAAUCAACACUCAAGGUAAACAUUAAGAAACUGUCUACAAUGGCUAAAUAUGAAAAUUUCGCAAAUAUGCUCCAGGAAAUAUCGAAAUUAGGUUUGGCCGAUUUGGACGCUGAAAACGGUAUACAAUCUUUCAUAACAAGAAACAGAAAAACGUAUAAGAGCGUUUCGGUUCUAUAGUUCCUCGUGAGAUAAUAAUAUAAUUGGAAGGGAUAAUGCUCAAAAUUAAUGGACUACAUUUUUUAUUGCAUGUCUUAUUAUGCAAAACAUCAUUUCAGUACUUUUCACAGUAGAGAACGUUUUCAAAAAAAAGAUACCCUCAUGAAGAAACUCUUUUCUUAAUUUAUUUGUUAUUAUUUAUUUUAGUUGUGUACUAUAUUGUAAUUAAUUUCCCACCUUCGAAAUCUAAACCUUACCUUGAAAUAUCGUAUUUAAAGUCAUAAUACCUUUGUAUAAUUUCAACAUCAUUAAAGUAAUUUCGAAUGCUUAAGACAUAUAGUCAGAUCCCCUGGAAGGUAGUCAGAUCCCCCAUCAUCUCGAAAAGAGUUGAUGAUCGGCUGAACAGAUUUUAAUGAAACAUGACUAAAAACAAUUGAGAUAAACUUAUGUAUGACAUAAAAAAAACGAAAAUCGGUUCAUCCGUUUGGAAGCUACGAUGCCACAGACAGAUACACAGACGGAAGGGUUAAACUUUUAACAUCCCUCUCUUUUUGCAUCGGGGUAAGAAAGAAGUACGCUAAGGUAAAAACAAACAAAAUGACAGGAGAUUUUCUUUAUGCGAGUGUGUUUAUAUCCGUAAUAAUUUGAAAAUAAACUUUGCACUAAAAAGUAAAAACUGAUUUUUGUAUUAUAAGACAGGCAAGAAAGAAUAGACCAUAAUAUAUUAUGACCGUGUAAAAAACUCAGACUGUGUAGAGCAUAAAUAGGAGGUCACAAAUAUAUACUUAGCUUAAAGCGUAAAUUAGUUUGUGAAUAAAUGUAGCGACAUUUCGUACACUCGUUGCAACACUGGCAUUCUAGCGAAACCUACACUCGUAUUUUUGCUCCCAUUUUUGAAGGAACGAAAGUAUGUAAUUUUUUUAAGAUUUCUACAUGUGGCGGUACUUGGGGAUUGCCAUAAUUAACGUCUUUCGUGUUAGCAUACUAAAGCGGCAGUGGGCUGGUCACGUUUGUU